UAGUUGGAAACAUCAGUAGGGGGAAAAGGUGGACUAGCGAGAGAGAUAAAGAACUCAGGCAGGCUUUGCGAAUCCUAUAUGUUUUGAUAUACUUUAAACCGAGCACGGAGCAGCCUAUACAUCUCGAACACUAGUCUUGUUAGUGUUGUUUUGUCAUUUACUACUGUAUUUACGAGUUAAAGCUCGUGCUCCGGCUAACUUAGCUGCUGUAAGUUAGCUCGUGGGAUAAAGCCAGAAAUAACUAAACGCGAGUCUCGUGCCAGAUCACCGACAUAUCAUCGCGAGCUCUACGACUGUAAAGUUACAGGCUUCGUUCAGCGGAUCAAAUGAUAUUAAAGCAGGAGUGUAAAUAAAUAGCUGCUGUCUUGAGAUGUGGCCUGCGUUUGAUUGACAACCAUGGGAGGAUGCGUGGGGCGCGAGCGCGCGGAGUCACGGGGACGCGGAUCGAGGACGCAGAGGAAACGUGGAGGUCGUAAUGAGCCGCUGAAGAAAGACAAGCCCAAGUGGAAGAGUGAUUAUCCUAUGACGGAGGGGCAGCUCCGCAGUAAGAGGGAUGAAUUCUGGGAUACGGCGCCGGCGUUUGAGGGCCGCAAGGAGAUCUGGGACGCCCUGAAAGCGGCCGCUGUGGCUCUGGAGUGCAGUGAUCAUGAACUGGCUCAGGCUAUAGUGGACGGAGCCAACAUCACAUUACCACAUGGAUCCCUAACAGAGUGUUAUGACGAACUUGGCAACCGCUACCAGCUACCAGUUUACUGCCUGGCUCCACCAGUCAACCUGAUCUCUGAAAGAAGCGAAGAAGACCUGUCAGACAAUCCCGAACCGCAGACCACCCAGAAGAAAGAGUUUCAGCUGAAGGUUCGACUGUCCACCGGCAAAGACCUGCGUCUGAACGCCAGCAUGAGCGACACCAUCGGCCUGCUGAAAAAACAACUACAAGCUCAGGAGGACAUUGAUAUCGGCCACCAGCGCUGGUUCUUCUCCGGAAAGCUUCUCACGGACAAAACCCGCCUGCAGGACACCAAGAUCCAGAAGGAUUUUGUCAUUCAGGUCAUCGUGAACCAACCCACACCAAACCACUGAGACAAGGAAAAAUAAAGGACCAAAACACAGCAGAAUCAAAUACACACACACACACACAGACACGUAUACAAACACACACACACGCGAAGAAAACGAAUCAAGCAACUCAAUUCUGCUGUUUUAAAGGGAAUUCUGUGUAUUGAGUCUUAUAUGGCUUAAUUUAAAGGGAUAGUUCACCUAAAAAUGAUAAUUCUGUCAUCAUUUACUCAGCAUAAACCUUUCUUCUUAUAUGGUACACUAAAGAAGAUAUUUUGAAAAAUGUUAGAAACCGGUAACAAUUGACUUCUAUAGUAUUUGUUUUUUCUUGCUAUUGAAGUCAAUGGUGACAGGUUUUUAGCUUUUUUCUAAUUAUCUUCUUUAGUGUUCAACAGGACAAAGACUUGUGUAAAUAAACAUUAAAGAAUUAUGUUAAUCCACAUCGGUUUAAACAUAUUUUGGACAAUAGGGGGCGCCACUGUUUUGGAUGACAUCACUGUUACACCACUACCUGUUGCUAGCAUAAAAGCAACACAACUGGAAAUACAAAAUACUAAUGAAGUACACUAAAGAAGAUAUUUAGAAAAAUGUUGCACAUUGGUAACCAUUUAUUGACUUCCAUAGUGUUUGUUUUUUCCUGCUAUGAAAGUCAAUGGUUACAGGUUUUCAGUUUUUAAAAUAUCUUCUUUAGUGUUCAACAGAAUAAAGAAGUGUUUUCAAAAAAACAUUAUUUUCUUAAAAUCCACAUCGGUUUAUACAUAUUUGGGACAAUAGGGGGCGCCAUUAUUUUUGAUUAUGUCACAGUUGCACUACUUCAUGUUGCUAGGAUAAAAGCAACACAACUGGGAAUACAAAAUACUGAUACGAUGUGAUAAUUUUCAGAAAAACAACACCAGAAGAAGAAGUGUAAAGUAUGACUGAUGGAUUUAGUAAUUAGUAAAGCACAACUACUAAAAAAGCGCACAGGUGUAGUAGAUCGACGCAAGCGCACACUUAAACCAAAUACCAAAUUUCUCCAUAAAGAGUCUCUCGAAUAUUGAGAGAAAUUCGCUUUGAGAAACGAAUGUAUGUGAACAAAUUACCAAUUGUCAAUCACUGAAAUACAAACUUGCUGGUGAUUGGUCAGUAAGUGGACGGUUUUCUCCAGUUAUUAUCGAUAAUAAAAUCAGAUGUAGAUUAGCGUCGGUUAUAAUGUUUAUUGUCUAGUGUUUCUUUUCUAAACGUAGAUUUCUCUUGAUGUUUGGAUACAUCAACUAUACUAUACAGAUAGUUGUCAACUAUACUAUAAAGAUCAACAGAAGUGAAGUAAAUUCAUUUAUUAUCGGUAUAUUAGUCAAAAAUGUCUUAAUGUGGUAUUGUAUCAGUAUUUGACUUUUCAGAGUUGUAGUGAAAAUUGCAACAAGCAGCACCAGUAGCUCAGCGAGUGCAUCGCAUAUUGCGCACCUAAAAUAUGAUGAUUUAAUGAUGAUUGAAAUCUGAUGAUAAUCGGAACAAAUAAUGGCAAGUAUGAGCUAAAAUUGGAUCUAAAAAAAUGUUCCCAAUUUUUUGUCAAAAUGAUGGCUCGUCUUAAUAUCCCAUCUCAAACUGUGCACCUAAAAUAAUGGCACCCCAUUGAUGAUGAUCUGAAAUCUGAUGAUAAUCGGAACAAAUAAUGCCAAAUAUGAGCUAAAAUUGGAUCUAAAAAAUGUUCCCAAUUUUUUGUCUAAAUGAUGGCUCGUCUUAAUAUCCCAUCUCAAUCUGUGCAGCUAAAAUAACGGCGCCUCUGUGAUGAGGAUCUGAAAUCUGAUGAUAAUCGCAAUAAAUAAUGAGUUAAAAAGCGAAAUAACGAAAGUCUGAAAUGAAACAUCGUCAUUUUCACAAGUUUCGACUCUCUUUUCAUUAUUUCAUAAUUGGAUUCAUUUUAUUUUUUCCAAACUUUUGUCAAAAUGCUGACUCUCCUCUUAGCUAGUUUGAGCUAAAAAGGAAAAUAACAAAAGUCUAGAAUAAACGUCAUCAUUUCCACAAAUUUCAUUAUCAAACUUUUCAUUAUUUUGAUUUUAUAAUUCAAAAUUGGAUAAUUGUUGUUUUUUAAAUUAUUUUUCAGAUUAUUGUCAAAAUGAUGACUCGUCUCAAUGUUUCCCAAAUCAGACUGUACAUCUAAUAUAACGGUGCACAUUGAUGAUGAUCUGAAAUCUGAAUAUGAUCAGAUUAUAUAAUAACGAGAACGAGCUAAAAAGGAAAAUAAUGUAAGUCUGGAAUAAACGUCAUCAUUUUCACGUUUCAAGUUUCGACUCGCUUUCAUUAUUUCGAUUUCUAAAUCCAAAAUUGGAUAAUUAUUAUUAUUAUUUUUCACAUUUUUGUCAAAAUGAUAGCUCAACUUGAUAUUUCCCCUCUCAAACUGCGCACCUAAAAUAAUGGCGCCUCUGUGAUGAGGAUCUGAAAUCUGAUGAUAAUCGCAAUAAAUAAUGGCAAAUAUGAGUUAAAAAGCUAAAUAACGAAAGUCUAAAUGAAAUAUCGUCAUUUUCACAAGUUUCGACUCACUUUUCAUUAUUUCAAAAUUAGAUACAUUUUAUUUUUUCCAAACUUUUGUCAAAAUGCUGACUCUCCUCUUAGCUAGUUUGAGCUAAAAAGGAAAAUAACGAAAGUCUAGAAUAAACGUCAUCGACUCGCUUUCAUUAUUUCGAUUUCUAAAUUCAAAAUUGGAUAAUUAUUAUUAUUAUUUUUCACAUUUUUGUCAAAAUGAGAGCUCAACUCGACAUUUCCCAUCUCAAACUGCGCACCUAAAAUAAUGGCGCCCCAUUGAUGAUGAUCUGAAAUCUAGUGAUAAUCAGACUGAUUAUUCGACUCGCUUUUCAUUAUUUUGAUUUCAUCUUAAUCUUUUUUAUUUAUUUAUUUAAUUUGUCAACAUGAUUACUCAUCUCAAUAUUUCUUUAACAAUCUGUAUAAUAAUAACAGUUUUAAAUAAUGAAUAUUUAGAUAAUAAUAUUAAGAAAUGAGUAUUUAGAUAAUGAAGAUUUCAAAUAAUGGCGCCCCCUAUAGUCCAAAAUUAAUGCACUUUUUAUUCUUUUUAAGUAACGUAAAUCAUUCAUUGCUUCUCUACUAGAUAUUUCAGUAAAGUCACAUAAUUUAUGUUAUUAUUAAGCCAUACAAGUCUUAAUACCCAGGUGUUGUAGGGAAGCUGCAUACAGCAAGUCCUCGAACAUCUGGAGAAACCAAUAAACCACGGAUCACAUCUGUGCCAACGUGAAUUGUGGUCUUAAAGCACACACUGACUAUAAGUCCCUCGACUAUGCAUAUCCUGCAAAGUCCAAAACGCGAGAAAUCUCCAACUUGAGCUUCAUUUUGCACACUUCUGAGUAUCUUAGAAUAGCCGUGCCUUGAACCGAAGAGUAGAUGGUUCUUCAAUGCUGUUUGUAUUUCGCUUACGAGGCAUGUUAUACAGAUCACAUGCUCUGUUUGUUUGUUUUUGUAUGUUAAGACUGAUGUCUACGAGCACAAACCAGUACUAUGCAAUCUUCGAAUCAUUGGAAAUCACGCUGGUAAUACUCAAUCGAUGUGUAGCUGAUCUACGUUUCCGAAACGUUUUCUGAAAAGGCUCACUGUGAAAAUGGGAGUGCACAAAAGACACGUUAAUCUGCCAGUGAUCCUGCGCAUUUCCAUUAGCGGCUGUGGGCCUGUAGAUUACAGGUAUAAAGAAACCGUAUAAAGGAAGAAUCAGAGACGCUGUCACUUUAAAGGCCGUCUGACUUCCUCUGUUUUUAUAGUGCUGUUAUGCUGUAAGUGCUCAGGCUGCAAUCAAGAGAAUAUUGAUCAUAUUCUGGGAGAUUAUAUUCUGUAUUCUUUAUAUAUUUUUGACUUCUUUUAAGUAGCUUCUUAUGUUUUUUUUAUUAUAAAAGUGGCAUUAUAGAUACAGUUGAAGUCAAAAUGAUUAACCCUCCUGUUAAAAAUAUUUCCCAAGUGCUAUUUAACAGAUUUAUUUCAACGUAUUUCUGAAUAUAAUAGUUUUAAUCGCUAAUUUCUAAUAACUAAUUUCUUUUGUUUUUGCCGUGAUGACAGUACGUGAUGUUUUACUAGAUAUUUUUUCCUGGUAUUCAGCUAGAAGUGACAUUUAAAGGGGGCAUAUUGUGCAAAAAUCACUUUUAUAAGGGGUUUAAACACAGUUGUGUGGCAGCAGUGUGUGUAACUAACCAGCGUGUAAUUGUAAAAAUUAAUUAAGGAUAUUUUUUUAUAAGCACACUUGAUAAAAACAGUCUCCCUUUGUACGUGUCAUCAUAGUGGGAAAGCCCCGCCCAUUAGUGACCAUCUUUCCCUCAUUAGCAUAAACAACCCUGAGUGAGAAACAGCUGUCCGCCAGUAGUUUUGAGUCUGCCACUAUGCUGACACACAGGCAUCUGUUGCUCCGCCCUCUUUUGAAAUGAGCACAAUCUCAUUUGGAUUUAAAGCGACAGUCAUCAAAAUUGCACAAUUAGGAUCAAAGCCUAAAAGGGUGAGUUUCAGAGAGUUAUAAAGCAUUAUUUGUUUAGCAUUUUGAGUUGAAAUUUCACAUACACACUCUAGGGACAUCAGAGAUUUAUUUUACAUCAUGUAAAAAUGCGUAUAAUUGGCCCCCUUUAAAGGCUUAACAAGGUUAAUGUAGGUUAACUAGGCAAGUCAUUGGAUAACAGUGGCUUUUAUUCCAGCCAAGCUGAAAUAUUAUGCAAAAAUCACUUUUAUGGGGGUUUAAACACAGUUGUGUGGCAACAGUGUGUGAAAUAUCCAGCCUAUAUAAUCAGACUUGAUAGAAAACAGUCUGCAGAAACACUUUGAUUGACAUUCUCCCUUUCUACGUGUCAUCAGAAGGGCAAAGCCCCGCCCCUUAGUGACCAUCUCUCCCUCAUUAGCAUAAACAGCCCUGAGUGAGAAGCAGCCAUCUGCCAUUAGAGUUUUGAAUCUGCCACUAUGUUGAGACACAGGCAUUUGUAGCUCCGCCCUCUUUUGAAAAAGAGCACAAUCUCAUUUGAAUUUAAAGCGACAGUCACCAAAACGACACAAUUAGGAUAAAAGCCUAAAAGGGGCAGUUUCAGAGAGUUAUAAAGCAUUAUCUGUGUGGUAUUUUGAGCUGAAACUUCACAGACACACUCUAAGGACAUCAGAGAUUUAUUUUACAUCUUGUAAUAAUGUGCAUAAUAGGUCCCCUUUAAAAGGCUUAACAAGGUUAAUGUAGGUUAACUAGGCAAGUCAUUGGAUUACAGUGGCUUUUAUUCCAGCCAAGCUAAAAAGAAAAGAAAAUUCAGAAGAAACAAUGUUAAAGGAAAUACUCAGAUGAUUUCCUUGCUCUGUUAAACAUGACUUGGGAAAUAUUUGGACAAAGAAUACAAAAUUUCACAUGAGAGCUGAUCAUUUUUCCCUCAACUGUAUAUUUGGAGCGUCACUUUAAGAACACAUUGCAACAUUUGGUCUGCAUCUGUAACAAAGGUUAUGUGUGUAUUAGGAGAGGUUUCUUUUCACUUUCUCAUGAUUAUUCCACCAUGUGACUGUCUGCACACCCCACACCGCUUAGAAACAGCUCAUUACCUCAACGGCAACUGUUCCUCAUUAGUUUGAGUCUCUGGAGCGCUGGCGGGUUCAAUAUAUACGGCUCUUUUCUAUCACGCGACUCUGGGUUGCUCUCCUGUGUUUCUAUAUAAAGAUAUACACAUUGUUGUA